GCACUUCCUAAUGAGGAAGUUUUGAAUUAGCGCCCUAUCCCGAGGCCCCAGGCUCAAGCAGGGGAUUGACCAAACGGCCGUCAAGACUCUCGGUGUCGAGGACUCGCAAGCUACCCUCCAAAAGGUUCGUAUAUCGACAUUAUGAAGGUUAUGGAUGCUAUAGAUGAAGGCCGGAUGCAUUUGAACGACAGCUGACGGCUGGAUGCGUCUCGAUCUCUUUGGAUAACACUCACCUCUGAACCGCUCACUUACCGUCAUUCUCACCCCACAGCUCAUCCAACUACCAAAAUGUCCGGCCAAAUCAGCAAAAAGCGCAAGUUCGUCGCUGACGGUGUCUUCCGUGCCGAGCUCAACGACUUCUUCACUCGCGAACUUUCCGAGGAGGGUUACUCUGGUUGCGAUGUCCGUGUAACACACGCUCGUACCGAAAUCAUCAUCCGUGCCACCCACACCCAGGAAGUUUUGGGUGAGAAGGGUCGCCGCAUCCGUGAGCUUACUGCUCUCGUUCAGAAACGUUUCAAGUUCCCCGAGAAUUCCCUCGAGCUCUACGCCGAGAAGGUCCAAUACCGUGGUCUCUCUGCUAUUGCUCAAUGUGAGAGUUUGAGGUACAAGCUUCUCGGUGGCCUUGCUGUCCGUCGUGCUUGCUAUGGUGUCCUCCGAUUCGUCAUGGAGUCUGGUGCUAAGGGUUGCGAAGUUGUCGUUUCUGGCAAGCUUCGUGCCGCCCGUGCCAAGUCUAUGAAGUUCACCGAUGGCUUUAUGAUCCACUCCGGUCAACCCGCUGAGGAGUUCGUUGACUACGCUGUCAGGCACGUCAUGCUCAGGCAAGGUGUCCUUGGUAUCAAGGUCAAGAUUAUGAAGGGCUGGGAUCCUGAGGGCCAGAUCGGUCCCCGCAAGCCCCUCCCUGAUUCCGUCACCAUCCUUGAGCCUCCCAUCGACAAAAUCGUUGCUGAGCCAACAUCUGAGCAGCGCGAGCCCGCUCCUGUUGUGGGCCCUGCACCCGUUGCUGAGGAGCCUGCUGCAGGUUACCCCGCUCAGGAUGCUUAUCCUCAGCAGUAUGAGCAAACUGCUGCUUUCUAAUUGUAUAUCACUUUUCACAUUUGAUGACGCACAGUGUAGGCUAUGCAGAGAUUCAUUUUCUUCCAUGCUCUUAUGGAUUCCAUCAAUACGACGUGCACGAGUGAAUAUGUGUAAGAUUUAAUCGAUAUAAGCAACAAACGAAGGUCAGUGGAAUGGAACUCGAAACUGAUCACUGCACAUGGGACCAACGUUACAACUUUUGUGUAACGCUGCUUCCUGCCAAACCUCCUGUGGGUAGAUUGAACGUCAACUGCUUCGAUAAUCCAGGACCCCAUGCUGGAGGCUUCACACCCGCAUGACCUACUGCGAAGGUCAAGUCUAGCAAAGCCAGAGAUUGUGAAGGAUCGGAUACGGUGACUUCUCCAGUGUUCAGUCUGAAGAUCACCGCGGAAUUCCCGUUUGCAGUGACU